CACGAUAGACCUAUCUCACCUCUCGGUAGAAAAAACAGUGGACGAGAUCCAGAAUGAAAUUCUGAUUGCUCCAAUUUCCCAAGAAGACAUUAAGAAAGCGGUGUUCAGCAUAGGCAAAACUCAAGCCCCAGGCCCUGAUGGAUUUACGGCAGCUUUCUACCAAAACUAUUGGGAGCUAAUCAAUCAAGAUGUGAUUCAAGCAGUACUGGCUUUCUUCCACUCUGGGCAUUUACUAAGAUCCUUCAACCGUACUUGGAUAUCUUUGGUCCCCAAGGUUAACAACGUAAGAACCAUGAAAAACUUAAGACUAAUAAGUCUUUGCCAAGUGAUCUACAAAGUCAUAGCUAAAAUCUUAGCAGAUAGGUUGAGCAGAGUGCUUCCCAAGAUCAUUUCCCCAACACAGAACGGGUUCAUCAAAGGGCGCCAAAUCUCAGACAAUAUCCUAAUCAGCCAUGAAAUGGUCCAUCAUCUCAAAACUUCAAAAUCCAAGAAAAAAGGUGGAUGGCAGUGAAACUAGAUAUGGAGAAAGCUUACGAUCGAAUAGAGUGGCCGUUCUUGUUCGAAAUGAUGAGGAUUCUUGGUAUACAUCCUAGAUUCAUAUCUUGGGUAAAAGAGUGCGUCACUACAGUGUCAUAUUCGAUUCUUAUUAACGGCUCCCCAUCAGAGUACAUUAGACCUUCAAGAGGACUUAGACAAGGAGAUCCCCUAUCGUCUCUCCUUUUUGCCAUCUGUGCCGAAGGAUUUUCUAGCAUGAUAAGGAAAGCUACCUCAGUAGGAUACCUUGAGGGAGUCAGAAUCCGGCCUAGCUGUCCGGUAAUUUCCCAUCUUUUUUUCGUAGACGACUCAUACCUAUUCUUGUCAGCCUCACAGGAGUACUGUACGUCUCUCCUUUCCCUACUAUGGGCUUAUGAGGAGUUGAGUGGCCAACGAAUAAACCUAAAUAAAUCAGCUGUCCUUUUCAGCCACAACACAGACCCUUCUCAUGCUCAAAUUAUGGGUGCUCAAUUGGGUGUUGGAACCAUAGGAGAACACGACUCUUAUCUAGGUCUACCUGCCAUCCUAUCUAAAUCAAAAAGGGAUACAUUCCAGUUCAUGGAGGAGAAACUUAUCAAGAAGUUGCAAGGGUGGAAACAACGUUCCCUUUCGAAAGCAGGGAAAGACAUUCUUAUUAGAACAUCGGCCACUAAUAUACCAGUUUUAGGAAUGUCAUGUUUCAAGCUCCCCAAGGAAAACUGUAGACGAUUAAAUAGUCAUGUCGCAAAGUUUUGGUGGGGUACGGCUCAAAAUUUAGAUCACCCAAUCCACUGGUUGUCCUGGAAAAGCUUAGCCCACAGUAAGUUCCAUGGAGGUCUUGGAUUCAGGGACUUUGAAGCCUUCAAUCAAGCAUUGCUAGCCAAACAAUGUUGGCGAAUAUGGACUAAUCCAACGUCACUCCUUUCCCAGAUUUAUAAGGGUCGAUACUUUACCCAAUGUUCGGUGUUGGAAGCAUCGAUCGGGUCAAACCCUUCGUGGGGGUGGAGAAGUCUACUCUUUGGAAGAGAUCUGCUCCUUCAGGGAUUAAGAUGGCAGAUAGGCAAUGGACAAAGAACUCGGGCGUUCAUUGAUAACUGGGUUCCGGGGGAUAAACCCUUAAUCCCGAAUACACGACCCCACAUUCAAAAUGGAUCUCCUAUGGUAUCUUAUUUUAUAAAAGAAGGUCGAGGGGAAUGGGACGUUCCAAAACUUCAAAAUUGCUUUGAACCUCACUUUGUUGAGCUCAUAAGGAGAAUUCCUCUCCCACGUCUCUCGCAGCAAGACAUUAGAGUGUGGCACUAUUCCAAAGAUGGUAAAUAUACAGUCAAAUCGGGCUAUCACUUAGCUUUGGAAAGAAUAUUGACUCCAAGUCGAAAACCGAUAGUGCAAAUCAUUGACUCCCCUAUUUGGAAAAAGACUUGGAAUAUCCAAGUUCAUCCUAAACUCAAAUUCUUCAUAUGGCAAUGCCUCAAAGUCAUACUCCCCACAGUAGUAGCCCUUCAAUCUCGUGGAGUUAACUGUUCUAACCGAUGCCCUGUCUGCUGGAGACAUCGAGAAAGUAUCGAACAUUUAUUUUUCAGAUGCCCCCUAGCCAUCAGAUUGUGGUCUAUAGUGGGAUUGAGAAACUUUAUUGAGACCGCCCAGACUGUUAAUUUUAGUCUAUGGUGGCGACAUGUCAUGGUAUCUGAGACCUCCCCAUUCCACAUUCUCCAAUGCGUCUGUUUACUUUGGAGAAUCUGGAAGUCUAGAAAUGUGGUGACCUUUGAAUUUACCCAACCUCAUAUCCAUUCUUUAGCCAGACAGUUCUACAACCAGGUCCUCGAAUUUUCCAGUCUCCUUCCUCCCCCUCCUCCCCGCAGCUCCAACCUCCCAACCUUGUCCGCCUCUCCUUGGGUCCCUCCUCCUGAAGGCUUUUUGAAGAUCAACGUCGACGCAGCGGUUAGUGCCUCCGGAUGCUCGACUGGGCUUGUUAUCCGGGGCUCAGACGGGCAUGUGAGGUUGGCGAUCGGAUUGCGACAUCAAGGAAUAGUCAACCCUUAUUUGGCUGAGCUUCUUGCUUUCAGGGAUGCUAUCUCCUUUGUAGCCUCAAGAUCCUUGUCUCACGUGAUAGUUGAAGGUGACUCUGAAGUGGUUGUCAACCAAGUCCGUCAAGGCGUCUUAGAAGACUCGGUUGGAGGGUCGGUGCUUCGAGAGUGUCUCCAGUUUCUUAGCUCUUCUUCUGCUUGUAUAGAGUUUAGGGCGAUAUCUAGAUCCGCCAACAGUGCUGCCCAUAGAGUGGCGCGUAAAGCACUGCUUUUGUCUCUUGUAGAGCUAGAAUCUUUUGAUUUCUUGGGGGUAGCUUCAGAAGAGCCUUUUUGGGGUCCUGGGUAGAAUUGUAAGCUUAACUAUUAUCUCUCAUUGAUAUCACUCAGAAAUAAAAAAAAAAGACCCAA